AUGUCAUGCCAUUCGGACGAUUUCUCACUCUCCUCAAUUUCCGGGCCAGAUUCAGAUGUCAGUGUUUACGAUGCGGAUCCUAGCUACUAUCCCUUGCAACCCGUCUUCGUCCGCGCUCUUGAAAAAUGGAAACAACAAAGUGUCUCCUUCGUCAGUCUUCCACCAGAAGUCAGGAACCGAAUAUAUCAACUGGCAUGCGAAAACAGACAUACAACCAGCGAUCGUCCCAUACGCUUCGAUGCAUACCAUCGCUGGAUGUUUCCCUGCUGGGAGAGAGGAGGUCUGAUGUAUUACUGCAAGCAGGUGAGACGCGAGUUCAUGCCACUUUUCAUCGCUUCGAUCUUCUUCCCUCUGCACCUUGGAUAUCAUGAGGGAACGACUGGUCUCGAGCUUGUGACCUGGCUGAAGGAAGCCGGUCCUGUUCUAACUUCGCAUGUUCGUCGGCUGCAAGUCAACUUUGGCGUGAACUGGUCGGACAAUUCUCGCACCGUCUUCGCUCCUUCGUCCUCUAAACUUACCACUCCUGUGUAUGAUAUUGCUGGCCUACUCAUUGACGUAUCGCAAGAAGGCCACCUCGAGAUAUCACAGAUGUACGACACAAAGUUCGACGAACGAGUCCUUCCCGACAUACAGGACAAAGUCGGACGAAGUCUCAAAGUCGGGUCAACCGGCCUGAUGGGCUUCGUUGAGUUCAAGAUCGUGUAUGAAGUGCUGCAGCAGUAUCAUCCUGGCUUCGUUUAUGCCGUUCGGCAAGGUUACUGA